UAAGAAUUCAAAUAAUAACUCUAUUUGGCACACUGGAAAUGCCAGAGACUCGCUGGUGCCUGAGGACAGGCACGGACCCGUGACUGCCUGUUGAUCUCAGCCUCAUAUUUGAAUUUCUCACUCUCCCCUCGCUCGUCUUUCCCUCAUCCAUCUUCCCAGUCAUUCAGUUAUAAUGUAUCGCUGGCAUGAAUCCGGCUGUCGACGGCCAGAUGUCUCUGCAGCAAGCGGCCUCCCUUGCUGCAGCUACUGCUUCGCAAUUCCAUCGGAAGAUCUCACAGUUCACCCCCAGCCAUGCUCAGUGCCUGAACUUGGUGAUCGGAGGCGAAUGAAUCUGUCAUGGCCAGCCGCGGUCACUUAUAAUGAUUGGGAGCUCGGAAACGGGAGCGGAAUAUUCCAGGACGAUAUAAAAAGUGGUCUACGGGAACCAGAACCCUCAAAAUCGUUUUUACCAGAACUUCCGUCCGAAGACAGUAUACGCCUCUUGCGGCUGAAGCCUGGCACAGACGGAGACCCGAUCCACGUAGACCUCGAGACUGUACACAUCAACCAAAUACCUCUUCCGCUGUACGACGCUCUAUCGUAUACCUCCAUGAAUGAUAUCACUGACUCGACCGAACCAUGCCCGGUAUUUAUAGGGAGUUAUUGGGAUGUCGCAUAUGUAUCCCCCACCUGUGGCAAAGCCCUUCGGCGGCUGAGGCGCCGGAAGGGCGAUAGAAUGCUCUGGGUGGAUUCGCUGUGUAUAAACCAGACAAGCCCAGUCGAGAAGAAUAGCCAGGUUCAUAUCCUACGGGAGAUAUACGCGAGGGCGACGAAAGUUCUGGCCUACGUUGGAAACGAACCCUCUAACUUUGGCCCAGCUUUCAGCUUUCUCAAAGAGAUUACAGCAUUUCAACCAGCGCCUGGCGACCAUCCCGUCAUGGACAAGAGUAUCCAGGAUAGUGUAUCUGCGUUGCUUGAACUGCCGUACUUUUCCCGUCUCUGGGUUCUUCAAGAGACUCUCAUGGCCCGCGAGCUGGAAUUAAUUUGUGGGGACCACUCGGUGCGCUGGCCCAAACGCGCCUUUGGGGGCUCUUGCUCUGACUUGAAUAUACCGUCUUGGUUAUUCAAGGAUUCAAAAUGGUAUCCCUUUACCGGGAGGGAUCUGUUGAAUGUCAUGGUGGACGCAUCCUCGUACCAAUGUUCCGACCCACGAGACAAAGUUUUUGCGGUCUUGGGCCUGAUGGGCGAGAAGUACAUUAGCCCCGACUAUCGGCUGGCUACUGAAAAUACAUACAUCGGCAUUGCUGCAUACUUUGCUAAAUACUGGGACACGAUGGACUUUCUUGCGGUGGCGGGACAGAAGGAUAGGACCCUUGGCCUCCCGUCUUGGGUUCCUGACUGGUCCCAAAAGUUGUCACUGCCUUCUUUGGACACUGUCAUGGAGACUUGGGUCAGGGGUGAAGAAGACGACUUGCUGUUAGAUGAUGCCAUACAGAUCGGGUUUGACGGACUUGGUAGUGCCAACCGCGACAUCGAAGUGGGGCUUUCCACGGGAACGAUGCGACUACAAGGCUCCAUGCUGUGCAUCAUAACAGGUGACAGGAGAGCAUUUGGAGGUUAUACCUACAUCGAGAUACCGACACGCUCCCGAGGGUUUUGCGUGCUGUCCAUUCCUCAUCCGAACUAUGAAAUUGAUGAAACAGACGGGUUGUUUGUAUUGAAUGGAUACCGCCACCCUGUGAUCCUCAGGAAGACAGCGAGAGAGGGUGCGUAUAUUCUGGUAUCUGUGUGUGCUCUCUCAGUUGGGCCCCCUACCUCGAAUUUCCUUGUCCCUUGGUAUCAGCGGGGCAGCCGAGGGAAACCUUCAAGGUUGAAUGUAUCAGCGAUGGCCCCAGAGGAGGACAGUUAUCUACAGCAACUGUACUCGAGCCUAGAACCUAACCCUGACCGCGAAACAAACCUACCAUCGAUUGCCACUGUGAGAGAGAGGGUCCUGACCUUUCUGAUGCUGUACCACCCGGCUCUCGAAAGGAUCGAGAGACAGUUACGCGAGGAUUGGAUUAAGUGGAAUCAGGAAUUAGGAUGGAUGUUCCGCGACCAGUCGGCCAUCUGGCAAUUUCUGCUAGAGGUCAACCAGAUGAGCUCAAAUCAAAGAACAGGCGAAGACAAAAUGGAAAUUAAGCGACUCGACUUUUACUCUGUUGGUCAGACUGGAAAAAAGUACCCGGCCGUAUAUACAUGGGAUUUAUCUCGAUUCUGCUGGUCUUUUCUCCAGCCAACAGACCCCACGGAAUCAGAGCCGGAACUGCAAUGGUCGCCAAUGGUAGACCGACUACGCUCUCACUUAUCGGAGAUUAAACAAUGGGCACAGGCCACUGAAAAGCUCCUGAAACACUUCGAAUACACCGCGACCUGUCUUGGAGAAUCAUGGGCGUCAUUCCCCGGUACGCAGCUACCGAGAAAAUGGAGCGAUAACCACGAUGAAUUCCUCGCUGCGUUAGGACCAUAUAUUCAUCAUGGAGCAGACAUGCAACGAAGACCGCACCUGGUGCCAAAGUAUCUCUGGAGCCAUUCCGAAUUCGAGAGUCAGUUACAUGCUCGACAGGAGAUCUGGACUCUCCGGGGACCUGAGGGGUAUUCCGGCGGCAGUAAUGUCGAAGUCCAUGCGUUGUUGAAUUUUCUAGGGUUGGAUCUGUAUAAUGAAAAGCGUAUUGACAUUGUUUAGCCUACACUAAAAUACAAGUUGGACCAGAGAAUUUAUACAAAACCAACCAGAUCUUAUAAUGAGCAUCACGCGAGAUAAUAAUCAAUACCAUAUACUGUUUUUCCAUCAGA